CAUUUCCCAGCGUGCCUCAAGACGCGGGGUCCGCAUUUCGCCGAGAACUUCAGGAGUCGGGUUUCUGAGCGACGACUGCGGUAGCCAAGGCUGAGUGGAAGCGGAUGCUGAGUGUGCAGCUGGUCGGGCGCCUGUUCUCGAUGGCCGGUCGUGUCUGUCCGUCCCGGAGCAGCGCCGGGUUGGGGACUGUCGGUCCCGUCGAGGCAGCCAUUCGCACGAAGUUAGAGCAGGCCCUGAACCCUGAGGUGCUGGAGCUGCGCAACGAGAGCGGCGGCCAUGCGGUCCCACCGGGCAGCGAGACACAUUUCCGCGUGGCGGUGGUGAGCUCUCGCUUUGAGGGACUGAGCCCCUUGCAACGGCACCGGCUGGUCCACGCUGCGCUGUCUGAGGAGCUGGCUGGGCGGGUCCACGCAUUGGCCAUACAGGCACGGACCCCCGCCCAGUGGAAGGAGAACCCUCAACUGGACGCAAGCCCCCCUUGCCUGGGUGGGAGCAAGAAAACUCGCGGAACCCCCUGAGCCCCCAGAGAGGGAAGACUAGGAUCCUAAUGGUUUGGGAAUAAACUACGGGCUUUCUUCCCUUCAA